UGGUCAGUUUGUGGAAGAGGAAAUAAAACAUUGAUGGUUGCUCUGCAUCAGUCUCUGAUAGCUCUGUGUGUGUGUACAGACCAUUUGGCAAUAACGCUUGUAUUUCCUGAGGAAGGGGGGACCUACCAACCGCCAACAUGUCGAGCAAAAGGGCCAAGGGAAAGAACACCAAGAAGCGUCCUCAGCGUGCCACCUCCAAUGUGUUUGCCAUGUUUGACCAGUCUCAAAUUCAGGAGUUCAAGGAGGCCUUCAACAUGAUCGACCAAAACAGGGAUGGUUUCAUUGACAAAGAGGACCUUCAUGACAUGUUGGCUUCAUUAGGUAAGAACCCCACAGAAGAUUACCUGGAGACCAUGAUGAACGAAGCGCCGGGCCCAAUCAACUUCACCAUGUUCCUGACCAUGUUUGGAGAGAAGCUGAACGGUACAGAUCCUGAAGAUGUGAUCCGUAACGCCUUCGCCUGCUUCGACGAGGAGGGCACAGGUGAGUGUAUAAUCCAGGAGGAGUACCUGCGGGAGCUGCUCACUACGAUGGGUGACAGGUUUACGGACGAAGAAGUGGACGAGCUCUUCCGAGAGGCGCCCAUUGACAAGAAAGGCAACUUCAACUAUGUAGCAUUCACACGCAUACUGAAGCACGGCGCAAAGGACAAAGAUGAUUAGCAACAGAAGCGGAUCUGGACAAGGUUUAUUCUGUGUGUAUUAUUAUGGGUUUCCACUAAAGUUAGAUCAGCGAUAUCCUGUUAUUUGGCUCAUGGCAGGCUUCACUGUGGUAUAGCUCACUGAAGGUAAUUCGUUUAAGCUGCUUGUGGGACCACACUGUACCUCUGGACCACCCCCCCUUCCCUAACUCCUCAACCCAUACUCCCAAAGCUCAUUUGCACAUCUGUGAAAACACCACUGAAGGGUCUGUAUAAGCUAGUAGAGAUGUAUGAAAAGACCCUCAUGGAUAAAGCUGGAAAUAAACUGAAACAAGGAGUCUGUUACCGUUCACUGAAUCAUUUGUAUUUUGUAGGAAAUUAAAUAUUAAAUUGUGGUCCGAGAUGAAUAGCCAAUGCUCUAUUCAUUUUUCAAAGGUUUUAUUUUUUUAAAACAAAGGAAAAUAGAUGUGAUGUGUCAGUCUUAGUGAUGGUUUAAAGCAAUAACAAUUCCACAGUUCACUCAUUUCAAAGAUACAUGGUUACGUGGGAUCAGUCUCAGUCAGGAUCAAACAAAAAGGUGCUGAAUAAUAAAUAUACACCAUAUGGCCAAA